AUGAGCGGCCGGUCUGCGCGUGUCAGGUACCAAGACACCGUCACGCCCUCUUCUCCCCUACAGUGCGGCCUCCCUCAGGGGUCGCCGGUAUCGCCGAUUCUCUUUCUGCUCUACACUGAGCCAAUCUAUCGACUGGGCAAUCCCCGGGGUCGCUUCGGCUAUGCAGACGACACGGCCAUCCUGUCCAUAGCCGACACGUUAGACGAGACUACUGCUAUGGCAUCCAGCUCAUCGCCGAGAUGGUGCGAAGGGGCGCAGCGAACGGCGUUUCCUUUGACACGAAGAAGACCGAAGUCAUGCACUUCUCCCGUAGCAAGCUCGGACUGCCCGCAGUACGCCACGGCGAUGCAGAGAAGCACCCCGAAUCAGCUCUGCGCUGGCUUGGCAUCUGGCUGGAUACAGGCUAUCGUUCAGGUCCACGUCGAGAAGUGGGCGGCUAAAGCGAAGACAGUAGCCUAUCAUUUACGGGGUCUCACUAACACGAUACACGGCCCUCUACCGAGCGCCGUUCGAAGUGCUACAAAAAGUGUCUUCAGGACACGUCUCCGACGCACCGACGAGCUGCUUGCGCCCUGCGAGCGGCCAAAACUCGUCCAGCGAUGCUUCCAUCAAGAACAGAUGCCUCCACUCCAGAUGGCGUCAAAAGAGAAAUCGACCGGCGCCUUCCUCCACUGGGUUGAGAGACUCGGACCCGCUCCACCUUGGGUCGUAUACUCAGAUGGCUCUCUAUCCUCGGAAGGAGCUGCAAGCUACGGCUUCCCCAUUCAUCAGAACAAUGUCCCCAUCUUCGAUGGAUCAGGUCGCCUUGGGCCUGCCGAGGUCUUCGACGCUGAAGCUACUGGGGCAUUAGAGGGCCUCAAAGCGCCCUGA